UUAAAGUUUAACAAUAGAUCAUAGCACCAUUAAAGUACAAUUUUACUGCUUUAAAACUUACCUUUAUUUACAAUAUGACAGUUAUUAUGGGUUUUCAACAACUGUCAAACGGUGACGAAAGCGGUAUUGAACGUUGGAACUUGUAGUCUUAUUUUAUCGCACGAGUGACGUUCUGUAGCGGGAAGCGGAAGUUUAAAAGACUACAAUUCCCAUAAUUUUACCUCACAAGCGCAACGUCCCACAGGGAUGCACGAUUCUGUGUUUUGGUUUAUGUUGUGACGAAAAGAGUUAGCUUUGACAGUCUUGCGACUUUACCUUAUUUCUUAUCUUCCCUGCACAGGCUUUUCACACAUUGCCAGAUAUUAUAAAACCACAAACAGCUCGUCUAAAGGCCCGUUUUCGCCUGUUCGCGAGAAGGGGGAGUGACUGUAUUUGGACAUUUAGCUUGUGAGCUAACGUCAGCAGCAUCAGGUUGACCCAUGUCCUCUGAGGAUUCAUUCAACUCCACGCUCUCAGACUGGCUUUCCUUUAACUCCUGGUGGCUGCUUCUGCCCUUCAUUAUGUUUCUGAUAGUUGCUGCUUUCAUAGUGGCAUUCGUACUUAUCCUGUACAUGAUAUCUCCGUUAAUAAGUCCAAAACCACUCAAACUCAACGGGGCCCAUGUAGUGGUGACUGGAGGCAGCAGUGGGAUUGGGAAGUGUAUUGCUAUGGAAUGCUACAAACAAGGUGCCUUUAUUACGCUGGUGGCGCGAGAUGAGCACAAACUGCUUCAGGCGAAAAAAGAAGUGGAGAAAUGUGCCAUCAACGAUAAGCAAGUGGUGCUGUGCAUUUCUGUUGACGUGUCAAAGGGCUACAGUGAAGUGGAAAGUGUCAUAAAGCAAGCUCAGGAAAAGCUAGGCCCUGUGGAUAUGCUAGUGAACUGUGCAGGGACAGCUAUAUCUGGAAAGUUUGAGGAAGUUGAAGUGGACCGUUUUAAGAGAUUAAUGGAGAUAAACUAUCUAGGCAGCGUUUACCCCACGCGUGCAGUGAUCACCACCAUGAAGGAAAGGCGGAUGGGCCGUAUCAUGUUCGUGUCAUCACAAGCAGGGCAGAUCGGCCUCUUUGGCUACACAGCCUACUCACCGUCCAAAUUCGCUCUACGUGGACUGGCUGAGGCCUUGCAGAUGGAGAUGAAGCCCUAUAACAUUUAUGUUACUCUGGCAUUUCCUCCAGACACAGACACACCAGGUUUGGCAGAGGAGAAUAAGACCAAGCCUCUGGAGACCAGGUUAAUUUCAGAAACGUCAGGAGUCUGUCAGCCAGAGCAAGUGGCGAAAAUUGUGGUUAGGGAUGCUGUGCAAGGAAACUUCACCAGCUCGAUUGGUCCUGAUGGCUACAUGCUCUCAGCUCUUACCUGUGGAAUGUCACCUGUCACCUCCAUAACUGAGGGACUGCAGCAGAUCGUGACCAUGGGGCUGUUUCGCACCAUUGCUCUCUUCUACCUGGGCAGCUUCGACAGCAUCGUCCGCCGCUGCAUGAUCCAAAGGGAACAGUCUAAAGCAUCUGACAAGAGGGAGUAGCACCAACAACAUCACCACAGCUUUCCACAACCACAUUCACCACAUACACCUUCACUCAGCCUGGCAGAUACAGUCUACAAUGAGAAAACACAGAAGUUUUUGUCUUUUGUGCUAGUUUUUUCAUAUUGUAACUUUAAUAUCUUUCAUGAUAAGUCCAGCUCAUGUCUAUGUGGCUUGCAGGACCCUUAACCAUUCCAGUUUUAGUGAAAGUUCAAAGCAUCGAUAUUUCAACCAAGCUCUUUUGUUUAAAAAAGGAUUCGCAUUUCAACUAACUAGCCUGAAACGCCUGAACUCUCACUUCCUUUAGUGAUUUCCUAUGUUUAAAAAAGGUUAUACCAUUCCGUUCUUGCACGCACAAAAAGCUAACCAUCAAAGUUCUGCCAGCCUAACCCAGGGGUGAGCAUUCCUGGUCCUGGAGGGCCACCGUCCUGCAAAGUUUUGCUCCAACCCUAAUCAACACACCUAAAAAUCGAAUUAAAGGCUGCAGGAUGACGUGGAAAUGGCGUGUGUUUGAUGAUUAGGGUUGGAGUGAAACUUUGCAGGAUAGUGACCAGUAUGCCCACUCCUGGUCUAACUGUCAGUGUAACAAUACUAUAUUUCAAUACUAUUCCAUUUAAUUCAGCUUUUAUAAAUGUGAUGCUUCAGCUUUACGGUAACAUUAUUCUGUUCAGUCAAGGGCAUCAGACCCUGAUUUCAAUUUUAUUCAAGAGUUUUCUGGUUCUCAUCUGCCUGUUCUGUGAGGUUCUUCUAUGUUCCUAGUGAAGCACCGUAUGUCUUCCUGCUUUUAGAUGUCUUAGUUUUUAAGGUAAAGACAGUAUUUUUGUGUUUUUGGAAGAAACAGCCUGAGUCUGCCACUCUGCCUUAUCCUCUUUGCUCCGUGUGGGGGAUACUGAUGGAAAUGUUUACCUUAUAAUUGUGCGUGUAUGUGUGUGUGUAUAUAUACAUGUCUGCUCGUACGCAUGCAUUUAAGUGACCUCAGGGGCUUUUAAGAGUUCACUGAACUGUAAGAUGGAUAAGGAUAAGCCAUUAAGGUGGUGGCUCGCUGGUCGAGUCACAGCACCGUUUAGCCAGCAGGUGGAGCAGGAGAUCCAUACCCUAAAUAUCAAGCAGCUUGCAUUAAAAGAAUUAGUCUAAAUAAUGGUAUUCACAGCGCAAUGGAUGUGUUUUGACGCCCACAACCCCAGAACUGUGUUGAAUAUAAAAAUAUAUGUAGUAUUGAAGGUGAAUAGAUGCACAGAGAGUACAUUUAAGUGUUCACACAGACUUCGAAAAAGUGUAGUGUUGUAAAGUAACGUUAAAUGGAUUGCAUAAACUGUUUCUGGUUAAGAAACUUCUAAACUUACACCUUGUUCUUGCUCCACCUGUGCAAUGUCAUACUUUACUAACAACACACUAGAUAGUGAGAAACUUACACUGAUGCGAUAGUUGCCUUUCUCAGAGACAGAUUUUUUGGCAAACUAAUACUUUACCCUUUAUUUAAAACUGUUUUUUGUUUUAUGCUGCUCUGUUUACCCUAGAAAUAAUCGACCAAUGCAGUCAGGCCCUACAGUCCCAUUCCAAGCCUUAAAAGAUACAAGCGCAGACCACUAAAAUGCUAUUAGGGUGGAUAUGUCCACAUCCAGCUACGGCAUAAAUUGUGUAAGGUUUACAUAUUUUUCUUUGGACCGAACUGGCUUAUGAAAAAGUCACUUGAUUGUUUGUUCUUUGUUUGUUAUGAAUAUUUUUUUUCCAUAAAAACCCAAUAUGUGAAAGUGAGAAUGCAUGAGUCCAAUCGGCGAUGUUCUCAUUUGAUAUUGGUUUAAGGCACGCUGUCCAGCACGUAGUAGCUGCAAGUUAGGUGCUGAUAUUUGUUGGACUUAAGACUGGUGCCCUCUUUCAUAAUAUGGAUGUAGUCAGUUGUUUAGUUGUUAAAAAGCUAACACUAGAGAAAUUGUUUUAAACUCCUUAAAGCUAUGCAAAUCAACCCGUGCUCACACUUCAUUCAGAUACAUAUGACACUUGCAUAUUUUUCUUGUUGUUUACUGCUCCAGUUUGCUGUUUUGUUGAUUGAUGUGGAGAUAAAAUUCCCAGGAUAUGAGAUAUAUAUAUAUAGUUUAUGAGUAAGUGUGGGAUACAUUGUGCUUCUAUGUUUUCUAAGUUUCUUUUCCUAUUUGUUGCCAAACUAGCAUAAAUUUCACCUUGUGUGCCAUGGAAGAAAAAGAGGAUGUUGUUGCUUUGUCUUAUUUUCUUACGUAAUUAAAUAAAUAACUUUUGAAAGUU